UUGGUGGGGGGAGAGAGUUGAGUGGCCCCAGCUCUGCUUUCUUGGGAGCUGCCAGGAACCCAGGGAAUGGUGUGGAGGUUCCUGGGAGCCCUGCCCCCACCUAGCAACCGCAGUGCAGCAGCCACUUUUCAAGCACAUUGGGACAAUGUGGCCCUGGGCUCUGGCGGGUAGCAGGCGGGGCCUUGGGACCUACCACAUGUAGGGGAGUUACAGCAGAAGGAAAACUCCCCUCUAAAGCUUUGCUGAUCUCCUGCCAGGAACAAGCAUGAACUGAAAACUGGAAGUAGAGGCGUGAGUUCGGCCACUCCGUAGUGUGCACUUGGGGAAGGCAGCAGCUCGCCACAGCUGCCGGCCACCAGCCGUCUAUCUGUUCACCCGUCUGUCCAUCUGGCAGCCCACGGUUCAGACCUGUCUAACUGUCCCCCAUCUGUAAGCCUGUCUCCAUCUGACCAUCUUUCUCUUACCGUCCUCUCUGUCCAGCUAUCUGGACUGUCAGUCCAUCUUCGUGUCUGUCUCCAGCCCCAACUGUUCGUCCAUCUGUCCAAUUACCUGCGAGUCUAUCUGUACAUCUUCUUGUCCCUUCAUCUGCCUACCCAUCUGUCCCUCUGUCUGCCCACUGGCCUCCCCUCUCCUCCUGGGCUGCGAAGCCAUGGCGCGGGGCUGCGGCACCACGGUCGGUCUGGCCCUGCUGGGGCUGGGGCUGGCGCUGGCUGUCAUUGUGUUGGCUGUGGUCCUCUCUGGCCACCAGGUCCCCUGUGGCCCCCAGGCCUUUGCCCACGCUGCUGUUGCUGCUGAUUCGAAGGUCUGCUCGGAUAUUGGACGAGCCAUCCUCCAGCAGCAGGGCUCCCCUGUGGACGCCACCAUCGCGGCUCUGGUCUGCACCAGCGUCGUCAACCCUCAGAGCAUGGGCCUGGGCGGAGGGGUCAUCUUCACCAUCUACAAUGUGACGACAGGGAAGGUGGAGGUCAUCAACGCGAGGGAGACGGUGCCGGCCAGCCACGCCCCGAGCCUGCUGGACCAGUGUGCACAGGCUCUGCCACUGGGCACAGGGACCCAGUGGAUUGGGGUGCCCGGGGAGCUCCGUGGCUACGCUGAGGCCCACCGUCGCCAUGGCCGCCUGCCCUGGGCGCAGCUGUUCCAGCCCACCAUUGCGCUGCUCCGAGGAGGGCAUGUGGUACCCCCCGUCCUCAGCCAGUUCCUGCACAACAGCUUCCUGCGGCCUUUCCUGCAGGCGUCAACCUUGCGCCAGCUCUUCUUCAACGGAACAGAACCCCUGAGGUCUCAGGACCCACUCCCAUGGCCUGCAUUGGCCACCACCCUGGAGACCGUGGCCACAGAGGGCGCGGAUGUCUUCUACACGGGGAGGCUGGGCCGGAUGCUGGUGGAGGACAUUGCCAAGGAAGGGAGCCAGCUGACACUGCAGGACCUGGCUAAUUUCCAGCCCGAGGUGGUAGACGCCCUGGAGAUGCCCCUGGGGGACUACACCCUGUACUCACCGCCGUCGCCUGCAGGGGGUGCCAUUCUCAGCCUCAUUCUCAACGUGCUGAGAGGGUUCAACUUCUCAGCAGAGUCUGUGGUCAGGCCUGAAGGGAGGGUGAACGUGUACCACCACCUCGUGGAGACGCUCAAGUUUGCCAGGGGGCAGAGGUGGAGGCUGGGGGACCCUCGAAGCCACCCGAAGCUCCAGAACGCCUCCCGGGAGCUGCUGGGGGAGGCCCUGGCCCAGCUCAUCCGCCAGCAGAUCGAUGGCCGGGGGGACCACCAGCUCAGCCACUACAGCCUGGCCGGGGCCUGGGGCCAUGGGACAGGCACGUCCCAUGUGUCUGUGCUGGGGGAGGAUGGUAGUGCCGUGGCUGCCACCAGCACCAUCAACACACCCUUUGGAGCGAUGGUGUACUCACCACGGACAGGCAUCAUCCUCAACAAUGAGCUCCUGGACCUAUGCGAGAGAUGCCCCCAGGGCUCGGGCACCGCCCUCUCACCUGCAGAGAAUGGAGACAGGAUGGGUGGAGCUCCUGGAAGGUGCCAGCCCCCAGUUCCAGGCGAGCGUCCCCCGUCCUCCAUGGUGCCCUCCAUCUUGAUCAACAAAGCCCAGGGGUCGAAGCUAGUGAUUGGUGGGUCUGGCGGGGAGCUCAUCAUCUCUGCCGUGACCCAGGCCAUCGUGAACAAGCUGUGGCUUGGCUUUGACCUGAGAGCGGCCAUCGCAGUCCCCAUUCUGCAUAUCAACAGCAAGGGCCGUGUGGAGUACGAGCCCAACUUCAGCCAGGAGGUACAGAGGGGACUCCAAGACCGAGGCCAGAACCAGACCCAGAGGCGCUUCUUCUUGAACGUGGUCCAGGCUGUGUCCCAGGAGGGGUCCUGUGUGUACGCCGUCUCGGACCAGAGGAAGGGUGGGGAGGCCGCAGGCUACUAAGACGCUGCUCCGCCCAGAGCUGAGGUCCCGUCCCCUCACGGGUCCUUCGUCCAGGCCGGAUGUGGCCGGGGGACCCAGCACUCCGGCAGGAUCUGGACUCCCGGCAGGGGAGUCCAGCUGAGCGUGGAAGAGGUGGCGGAGACCAGCUGGGCAGAUGGGAGGCUGAAGCUCCUCCCUGACCUCCUUUCCCAGAGCUCCUGGUGACCCUGAACGGGCCCCUGUAUCCCUUCGAGGGCCUCUUGCCCAGGCCACUCUCCCACCCUCUCAACCUGUAUAUCCUCCAGUCCAAGAUUAAAGAAGAGGCGGACCGUGGCCUG